AUGGUCUCCCGGGCGGAUGACGAACCRCCCGCUCCCCAGCCCCGGCUCCAGCUCACCAUGCUGAAAUUCAGGAGGUAUUUGGUCACGAAGCUGAGUGCAAUCUACAGGUGCCAGCCAGGCCGCCUCUGGAUCUCCUUCAGCCUCCUCAUCCUCCUCCUGGUCACACUUCAGGUKGUGGAGAAGCUGCAGCCUCCUGGGAGCUGCCGGUGCGAGCUGGAGCGUGGCCUGCAGCAGACCCCGGGCCAGGGCUCUGCCCUGCCCAGCCCCGACCUGCGCUGGGARGAGGAUUCCCCGCAUUGGCAGAGCGGAGCCGCGCCCGACCCCAACCCCGACCCYGCUCCGGCUGAGGACGCUUUCGGGAUGCACCAGGAGAGCCCUCUGGAUGAGCGCCMGGAGCAGCUCUGGSUGCAGCWGCCUGAGGAGAGCGSAGASAAGGUGAAAGCCCAUCYGUCACCCACRGGGAUCAAACCGCAGCUUCYCAGCUUGGGAAAAGCAGCCACAGAAAUUCCCUCCCCGAGCCUCGCCGGGAGAAUCGCCGCGGCUUUGGCAGGAGCUGUCACCAGCAAAUUCAUCCUCUUCGSAAACRGGCUGAGCACCGAGGRGCACGGGGGAAUGUCCCCACCCRGAGCGGUGCAGGGGGASMUUCAGAGCCAGACUCAGCCUCCAGCCGUGGCUUCUCCCUACCCUCGCUGGGAAACCUCCUUCACACAGCCCGUUCCAAACUCAGCUCAGCCUCUGCUGGCAGAGGAUUCUUACAAAACACACCUGCAGACGGGAUUCUUCCCGAGCUGGACAGAAGCCUUUAAGGUCGAGGAAGUGACAGCUGGAGGAUAUCAGCAAGCCAUGAGUGACCCAUCUCAAGAGAAGAUGUGCAAGCCCAAGACCGACAUCGUUUUCCUGAAAGUGCACAAGAGCGCCAGCAGCACCGUCAUGAACAUCCUGUUCCGUUUUGGGGAGACGCACAACCUGACCUUCGCCUUCCCCGUGGGAGGUGGCUUCCAGCUCUACUACCCCCACCACUUCUUGGCCAAGUUCGUGCAGGGCUUCUCCCCGCAGAGCCCCCGGCGYUUCAACAUCCUCUGCCACCACAUGCGCUUCCUGCAGCCGGAGGUGCAGAAAGUGGUGCCCCGCUCUGCCGUGUACUUCUCCAUCCUGAGGAACCCGGUGCAGCUGAUGGAGUCCUCCUUCGUGUACUACAAGGGCGCGUCGGCGUUCUCGCGUGUCCGCAGCCUGGCCGAGUUCCUGAGCCAGCCCUACCGCUACUACAGCCCGACCAGCGGGGACCGCCACUACGCCAGGAACCUCAUGACCUUCGACUUCGGCUUCAACCCCGACGGGGACUCGUCCCCCGAGCGAGUGCAGCUCAUGCUGAAYGCCAUCGAAGCGUCCUUCGACUUCGUGCUCAUCUCCGAGUACUUCGACGAGUCCAUGGUGCUGCUGAAGGAGAUGCUGUGCUGGGACCUGGACAGCGUCGUCUCCUUCCCGCUCAACUCCAGGGACAGCAGCACCAAAUCCCCGCUCCCGGACGACGUGGUGGAGAAGCUGAAGGCCUGGAACAGGCUGGACUGGGAAAUCUACACGCAYUUCAACAGGACCUUCUGGGAGCGCAUCGAGCGCCGCAUCGGGCGGGAGCGGCUGCGGCGGGAGGUGGCGGCGCUGCGGGCGCGCCAGGCGGAGCUGGCCCGGACCUGCCUGCAGGGCACGGGCAGCGUGGCCCCCAAGGACAUCAAGGACUCCUCGCUGCGGCCGCUGCAGCACGGCGGAGCCCGCAUCCUGGGCUAUAACCUCAAGCAGGGCUUGGGCGGSGAGCUGGAGCGCACCUGCCGGCGGCUGGUGACGCCGGAGCUGCAGUACAGCAGCAUCCUCUACAAGAAACAGUUCCCCCCGCAGCCCCCCGAGACCGCCCGGCCGGAGCCCACCCGAAAUUGA